GUUCGUUUUCUCUGUCUCUUUCCUCCUCUGGAAAAAUCAAUUCACGAACUUGAAAGAAUCUGCUAAUUGAUCCUUCUUCCUUAAAAAAACCCAAUAGCGUAAAUUUCCAACCGUUUGAUCAAAAUCUAGACUCUAACACCGUAGCCGUCAGAUUCGACCUUGUGGGUUUUCUUUUUAUCUGGGAGGCGGGAGCUGCUAAACACUGACGACGAUGGAGACAAGUGGGUCAAGAGAAAGUUUGGAUUUUUAGGGUUUGAAGAUUCAAAAAGACAAAAAUCUGCUCACGUGAUGAACAUGAAAAGAUCCAUUAUCCGUUUUUGAAUUCGGGUUUCUUUGGGGAAAAUAUUUGUCUAAAUCGAAGAACUGUGAUCUUCAUUCAAUCCAGAAAUGCCAACUUCCGUGAGCUUAAGAGAAGAUGAUCCUCUGUUGAAGGACCUGAGUGAGAAGAAGCAGAGUUUCAGGAGAAAUGUGGUGUCUUUGGCCUCUGACUUGAAACAAGCAAGAACUCGUCUGGCUGAACAGGAGCGUUCGUGUUCACAAGAAGCCAUGUCUAGGCAGGAAGCAGAAACAAGAGCUAAGAGAAUGGAAGAUGAAAUGCUCGAACUUGCUGAGGAACUAAACAAGAAAGUUGAGCAGAUUCGUGCAUCGGAUGUUGCUACUGAGAAGUAUGUGAAGGAAUUGGGUGAUAUAAAGUCACAGCUUGCAGCAACACAGGCAACUGCAGAGGCAAGUGCUUUGUCGGCUGAAUCAGCUCAGUAUCAGUGUAGAGUGCUUUCCAAACAUUUGCAUGAGAGGACCGGUUCCAUGAAAGAGCAUGAGGACCAAGUAACUAGACUUGGUGAGAAGCUAGAGAAUCUACAAAAGGAGCUGCAAGCUAGAGAAUCUUCACAGAAGCAGCUAAGAGAUGAGGUUUUGAAAGUUGAAGGUGACAUUAUGCGGGCUGUAUCAGUGGUCAGGACAAAGGAGAAUUUUGAGAUGCAGAAAGUUCUAGAUGAAGAUUCUCCAAAGAACUUUGAAAGAAUCAACAAACUUUUGACGACUAAAGAUGAUGAAAUAGCGAGACUAAGAGAUGAACUAAAGAUUAUAUCGGCUCAUUGGAGGUUUAAGACCAAGGAAUUAGAAGAUCAGGUGGAGAAUCAAAGGAGAAUUGAUCAGGAGCUGAAGAAGAAGGUGCUGAAGUUAGAAUUUUGCCUUCGAGAAACACGCAUCCAAACUCGAAAACUCCAGAAGAUGGGUGAGCGAAAUGAUAUGGCAAUCCAAGAACUCAAAGAGCAAUUGGCUGCAAAAAAACAGCAUGAAGCUGAUCCUUUUAGCAACCAAAACUUCUGGGACAAAUCAGGUUUCAAGAUUGUUGUCUCCAUGUCGAUGCUGAUAUUAGUUGCCUUUUCGAGGCGUUGAAUUAGCGACGAAAUCAUUUUAGAUCAUAUUAAAGUAGAUAGGCCGUAUCCUACAGUGUAUGAAGGAUUAAGAUUACACAUCUUUGUUAUAAACAUCUGAGUUUUCUGCUUUGGUACUAAAUAAAGGGAUAUAUUUAAAAAGAAACAA